AUGGAUACAAUUAUCACUAAAUCUCUUUCUGAAAAACUCAUCAUUGAUAUCGUUUCUCCCCCUCCAAAAGAUCUCAAAUCAGAUAAAAAUAUAUCAAAAAGAGCAAUAUUCAAGAGACCUUUUUUGGAUGAUUUUUUAAGAUUUUGCUUCCAAAGAUUUGAAGUUGCGAUUUGGUCAUCAAGAAUAAGGACAAAAGCUUGUGAGGUGUUGCAAAGAGAAGAAGACCUAAAUGAGGUUGUCUAG